AUGGAGAACUUUCAAACCACUUACAAUUCCAACACCACAUCAGCUAAUGAAGCAUUGAAGAGUCUGGGAUCUCUCUUCAAGACUGAAAAGACGAAACUCCAAGAGCUUCAGACUGGUCUGAAAUCUGAUCAUGAAUCAUUUCAAGCCACUAUGUCAUCUCAGCUUUCUCAGCUUAAAGAUGAACUUGUAAAGGAAAGUACCCUCAAGGAUUCUCUCGCUCUCAAGACAGAAGAAGCCAAGAUGUUAGGUACCAAACUGAAAGCUUCGGAGAAACAGGGACUCUAUGAUCACCAUCACUAUGCGUAA